UGCCGCGGCAACCCCUCCGCCAGUCCCCGUGGCGGGGCGGGCGCGGCCGCGUUCCCCUUCCGGGUCGGCGCGGAGCGGCGGGCGCUGCACGUGUGCCGCGGCAGAAUGAUAAUAAAGAGAAAAGAAGUUCAUGAGGAACCUAUACAGAAAAAGAAAAAGGUGAAAAGUAGUAGGAGCCAGACUAUCAUUAAAAUUGAGAAAGAUGUUCAAACUGUCAUUAAAACUGAGGAUGAUGACCAGCUUGAGUCAAAAACAAAGGUAAGGAAAAAGGAAAAUUUAAAAGAUGAUGAAUGUUUAGACCAUUUAGAACUGAAGAAGAAGAAAAACAAGAAAAAGAAAGUUGGCUCUGAAUUACUGAAAGAAGCACAUUCAGACGGCUUUGUGAAUGUAGAAGGCCAUCUGGAUUCAGAACCUCAAGAAGAAUCAGAGGAACAAAUUAAAGUUCCCAAAAAGAAGAAAAAAAAAUUCCAAUGUCAUUCCUCCUUAUCAUUGGAGAAUAAUCAGAGUAGUGAUGUGGAGCUUUCAAAUCAUCAUACAGAUGGUACUGAGGAAAAUGAAUUUGCUUUUAAAAAAAGCCGAAAGAUUACCACUUUGAAUUCAGAAUUGGAUGGUGAAGUAACUAAGAAAAAAAAGAAGAAAGGUAUUUUUUCUUUUUCAUUAGAGGACAUCCAGGAUAGUGAACAUAAACAGUCUGAAAAAGUUCAUAAAAAACCACACAAAUACAUUUCACAAGAAAAAGCUUUUACGGGCAAAAACUGUGGAACAGAUAUUACCCAGAAUGAUGGGGAGAGUUAUGUGAGAAGAAAGAAGAGGAAGAAAAAGAAAGAGAAGUCCAACUCCUUUUUCCCACUAGCAGAUAAUCAGGACACCUAUGGAGUUCCUGAUAGCCCCAUUGCAUUAAGUGACUUAAGAAAAAGGCAAAGAAAGAAUUCCCAGGAAAUUACAUUGACAGAUAGAGAGGAAGAGGACAGUACUGAGAACUCCAGAAGUAUCAGAGAGACCAAGAGGAAGAAGAAGAGAAGCAAAGAUAUUUCUUCCUUAACAUGUGAAGAUAAUCAAGACUACAGUCACAGAGUUCCUGAUAAGCAUCUCUCAGCACAGCAAAAAUUUGAGUCUGAGGAAGCAGAGCUUUCUGGAAAAAAAAGCAGGAAGAAUAUCAAGGAUAAUAAUGAAGUUACCAAGAAGAAAAAGAAAAAGAAGAUUCAGAAACAGGAGGAAGAAACAACAUACUCAAAAGUUUCUUUAAACAGUGACAGUGCAUCUAAAAGCCAAAAAAUAACGCUACUAGAAAGCAAUAAAAAGAACAAAGAGAGCGAAAUGAAGCAAGCUGAAUGUGUCAGAGGGGACGCUAUAGAUGGGGUGUUAUGCAAUAGUAAUCAUAUGCUGUGUGACAGAAAAAGAAAAAAAAGAAAAAAAGAAGUACCACAGGACUUCACUGAAGAACCAGGUUCAAAAGCAAAUACAAAAAAGAAAAAGAUCAAAACAGAAGACAUGGGAAAUGAGGCACUGAAACAUAUGGAUGAUGUAACUAUUGUGCAGGAAAAAAAAGGAAACUGUGACGAAGUUAACAUAGACAAGGUGAGGCGGCAGGCUCUGCAAGAAGAAAUCGAUAGAGAAUCUGGCAAAACUAAGGUUUUCAGUCCCAAAGUGGAACGGGAUACCAAGUUUGGCCAGUGGAGUACAGCUGCUUUUCAAAGUUCUGAGGAAGAAAUGAAGUUUUUUAGACUGAUGGGUGGCUUUAAAAAGGGCUCUACACCUAUCCAAAAUCUCUCAGCAACUAAAAACAAACCGAACAUGGCUCUGAACAGGGAAGGGGAGGAGAAAUUACAGCACGCUCUGAAGAUGGAAUUCGAUAAAGCAAUGGACUUGAAGCAACAUAGAGGAAUUGGUCUUGGAUUUCAACCUGCUGCCAACAAAAAAGUAUACAUAGACAAAUAUACAUCUAGAUCUAUAAAAUUUGAAGAUUAAAACCCUGAAGUAAUAAAAGGAAUGAGAAUUCAACAGGCAAAUUUCUUUUUACUUGAAAUAAAAUACAAAAUGUUUAAGAAAUUUGAUUUAUGAGACACUUUUAGUACAAGUUUUCAGCUGCAUAUGCCAGAUAUGUGAAGCUGGGUCCUCACUUGAGCUGAACAGUAAGUUUUUGAAACCUUUACAAUGUUUUCUACAAGAGAUAGCCUCUUUCAAAGAUUGAAGAUAGGUAGGCAAUGCCUGCAACAAGUUGAAACAUAGUAAAUUUUUUUUAAAUGCUGAUUUCAUAAACUUAUUUUUAGCUACAUCUUAGUGAUUCUAAAGGAUUUAGUAUUCUGUAAAAUCUUCACAUUUUUACACUCAGUGAGUGGUACAAAGUGACGAUGUUUUACUUUGAAGAAACACUACUGCUGUGCCUACAAAUUUGAUGAGGGAAGACGUUUUAACUCAGAAAAUAGUUUCUUAAAUAUCAGCAUCUUCAUUAUAAUAAUGAGUAGCAUUGAACAUCCUCUAUAUUUUAACUAUGCUCUGGCAGUUGGAUUUUCAAGCCGCAGCUGUUACCUGUAAAUGAAGGUAAACACUUUCUGGAUAGCUGCACCAAAUAUAUGGAUCUAGACUUCCUAAAUUAUAGGAAGCAAGGUGAUUUUAAUAAUGUGCUUAUUGGGUUCAUAAUACGUCAAUCUGAAUGAAAUUUCUAACCUUUGGCUUUUCAGACAACCUGCACUUUCACUGGCUUUUUAAUAAGAGUACAAAAUAUGAGACAUUUGUUUACGUCGUGUUCAGAAUUUAGGGGUCCAAAGCAGUCUCUCAGUGUCUGGCUUGAAGUUACAAAAAGAUGGUGGAAAAACUGUCAUGUAUUUUAUUACUGGCUGUGUCAUUUGUUUGCGAGACAAUGUUAAGUUUUAGCGUAGCUCUGUUUUUUAAGCAGAACAAGGUGACCAUCUCUUAUGUCCAUGCCUGCUGUAGUGCAAUAGUGGCCGACUUGCAGGCGAACCCCAGCCUCCCAGAAUUAGGUUAGUACCUCUACCCAGCUCAUUGUUGUUCUGCCAAAUUACCUGUCCUUUUUGAUAAGAUCAUGCCAGUUUAACUACUAAAUUUCUUGGUUUUUUAUGGCAAACUCAUUUUCCACAAUAGUCUUCUCCAGUGGUCCGCUCUACCUGAAAGCAGCUGCCUCCAGCAGAAAAUGCACUUAAACCAGCAGUUGGUUCCAGUGCGGUUUGGGCAGCUCCUGAGCGGAAGUGAAGAUUAUGCAGGGGCUCCAGCUUAAGGGGUUGCCAUGAAUCCAUUCCCAUACUUGGGAAGAGAGAGAUGCUGAACCACUUCCUGCAAGGUCUGAACUUGUCUUUGAGGAAACCAUGUCCUUUAAAGUGUCUUUUAAAACCACCACUACCUCAGGGUGAGUCUGUUUUGCACCAGUGCUCUCAAAGCUCAGUGGCUGGCUUCAGCUGUUGCUUUACUUAAAUUCAGGUAGUGGAGGUUCUGUUUUCUCUUCUGAUUUAAAACUGCUGAAUUCAGGCCCUCAGCUACUUGCCUGG